UGAUGGUGCUGCUGCUGGUCAUCCUGAUCCCGGUGCUGGUCAGCUCGGCCGGCACCUCGGCGCACUACGAGAUGCUGGGCACCUGCCGCAUGGUCUGCGACCCCUACGGCGGCACCAAGGCGCCCAGCACGGCGGCCACGCCCGACCGCGGCCUCAUGCAGUCCCUGCCCACCUUCAUCCAGGGGCCAAAGGGGGAGGCCGGCCGGCCGGGCAAAGCGGGGCCCCGCGGCCCCCCGGGGGAGCCGGGGCCGCCCGGCCCGGUGGGGCCGCCGGGUGAGAAGGGCGAACCGGGGCGGCAGGGCCUACCGGGACCCCCCGGGGCGCCGGGGCUAAACGCGGCGGGGGCCAUCAGCGCCGCCACCUACAGCACCGUCCCCAAAAUCGCCUUCUACGCCGGUCUGAAGCGGCAGCACGAGGGCUACGAGGUGCUCAAGUUCGACGACGUGGUCACCAACUUGGGCAACCACUACGAUCCCACCACCGGCAAGUUCACCUGCUCCAUCCCCGGCAUCUACUUCUUCACCUACCAUGUGCUCAUGCGGGGCGGCGACGGCACCAGCAUGUGGGCCGACCUCUGCAAGAACAACCAGGUCCGAGCUAGUGCCAUCGCUCAGGACGCCGAUCAGAACUACGACUACGCCAGCAACAGCGUGGUGCUUCACCUGGAGCCCGGGGAUGAAGUCUACAUUAAACUAGAUGGAGGCAAAGCCCACGGAGGAAACAACAACAAAUACAGCACCUUUUCUGGAUUUAUUAUUUAUGCUGACUGAUAGCCAAUGUGAAAGACCCACCAAACCAGGCCAAAAAUGAAGCUUCUUCUUUAAGCAAUGGAUUUGCGUGGCAAAAGUCAGUGAGAAAAGCACCCCAGCAGAGCGCCACCACCCAGCACCUCAGCAGGGGGGAGAAUAAAGUCAAAUGCUACCUGGUUCACAUCUGUACAGCACAGAGAAACCUUACAGCAGCCCAAGUUACACAGAUGUGUGAUCCACUACCGCCAAAGCAAACUCCUCAUCCUGUGUCCAUGUGAAUGAAGUCCCACGUGAGUGAGUGCUGACCGGAGCACUCCGCCCCAGGACCUGCCUUCUCUCUUCAGUGUAUUUGAGACUUUGCUGUGUUAUGAUCUUGCUGCUUUAUCCAUACUUCAGCUUUGGUUCUUGUGACUUACUUGCUAACAAUGAUGCUUGGAGUCCACUCAUAGUGUGGUGAGGAAUGAUUUUACAAUAAAAGGAAGAGGUAAUCAAAAUAUACUUUCUCUCUCCAGAGGAAUUGUUUGCCUUGUACUUUCCUUACCCUUCUACUUAAAACUAGAAACUAAUCAGUUUCAAGCCUUAACUCAAUAUUCCUGCUUUGUAGGUUUACAUUAGGCUUUUGACGUGAAAAUCAAUCCAGUGGAGUUGUUGACAUUGUCUCCCCCUCAGCUGUGCUCUAAAUGAAAAGGGAGGACGGCAGAAGCACUUUCAUUUCACCCCUGAAAAAAAAUCUGUGUUGACAAACUCUCCUAUUGGACCAAAUCCCCCAUUCCACCAGAGCCCAUGGCAGAACUCCCACUGAGCUUAGUGGGAAAAGGAUUUGGCUUUUAGUUUGUAAAGAUGUAAAUAUCUAUUUUAGGCCAUGAUUCCAGGCCCAGGCCUGAGGGUUAGCCCUGUAAAUAUUUAGCAAGCCUGGCUUCCUCAGACUAAGGUAGUGUUUUCUUUGCAGCAAUUAGUCUUCAUUAGCACUUAGUCUGUACUUGGGUACUCUUUUUAAUGAACUAGUUAUGACCUAACAUACUGCACAAGUUCAGCUGGAAUUUCACAGGAAUAGAAUGGGUCGAACCCUUAUCUGUCUUAGGUUUCUUGCCUCACUGGAGUCAGUGGGAUCGUUCCCAUGGAGCAAGAGUGGGAGGUCUGACACGGCAGAAGAUGUCACAGGGACCUUCUCCAUGGCAGCCAAUUCCCAGGCUGCAGGAAGGCUGCCUCUGAGAUGGACACAGACAAGCAUAUUACCAAAAAAGAGAACACAUAUGCAAAGGAAGAAGCAGAUGUUUACCUGCACAAAAAAAAGUGUGUAUGAAACCUAUUUUUCUCAUUCAUAUAGAGAUAGAGAUAUAUAAAGGCUCUAAGAAGUUUAAUCCAGAUAGAGGAUGAAUGGCUCAGAGAAUUAAACUAGGCACAGGUACUAUAAGGCACAUAGCUAUACAAAUGCUUUAAAAUCACUCAUCCCCGUAAGGUCCACAGAAUAUUUUCCUUCAGCAGGUGGGUUUGUUGUUUGUUUUGUUUUGGGGGGCUGGCUGUUUCUCUCAGGUUAAAACUUGCAGAUUUCAUUCCAAGACAACAUUUCAGCAGGAUAAUUAGCUCCUUAGCAGAGUUGGUUAUGUUCUUUAUUGUCAGCAUCUUCGCCAAGCCAAGGCAAUGUCUGUACCUUGCUGAGGAGCGAGAGGCUGCCCCUGGCAUUUCUGUUUCGUGCACUUUGCCACAAGCAACCUUGUCUAAUGCACUGAGAGCUGAGAGUUGUCUGCACUAACACAUCAGAAGUGUCUGCCACUGUGACAAAAAGCUCUCCAGUGCUGGCUGCUCAGUGCAGCCUGAUGAAGGUUUUGCCAAUCUCUCCAGCAAUCCUGUGUUUGAGUGAGUGAAGCUUUUCUUGAACAGAGCACCUUCCUCUUCCCAUUGCUGCUUUUACUUGCUGACAAAGUGCCAGCCCAUAUCUGACAUUUCAGUGAGCACUACUGUUUAGGGUUUGUUUGUGUUUUUUUUUCUACUAGGUCUGUAUGUCAAUAACAGAUGUGUCACUGCCUUGGUGUCUGUUCACUGCUGCUUUGACUGGCGACGGCACUCACGGCGGCAGCGUAGCUCUAGAGCCUCUCUGUGGAGUAUCAAGCAGCGAGAGCUCAUUUACAGCUACCAGUGCACAGCCACAGAGGUCUUCACUGGAAAAGCUCAAUGCUGCCAGAGGUAUAUGGUCAAACUUGAAAAAGCUUUUGAAAUCAGGGUACCACUGAAACUGGGUAAGACCAUCUUUUGGAGAGAUUGCCUGCCCUAGCUGAAGUUAGACAAGAGCUGAGCACACACUUCAUGUUGAAAACACAUCUGAGGCAAACAUUUCUUCUUUUUUCAUCAUAUCUUGAUAUACUGAUUUGUAAAGACUUCUCUCACAGCCUUUGUUAUAACUACUACAACUCAUUAAAACUGUAUUAUGUAAUACAUGUUGACUUUUGGUGGUGCAUCCUUGCAAUUGAGGCUGGUCUGC